AUGCAAGCCAAAGGCAAAACCGAGAGCCGUGCGGAGUACUGUACCGGUUACUCGGAGGACGUGGACGUCAUCCGAGAGCGGGAGUAUCCCUUCCUCAAAGAUACGACCUAUCUAGACCAUGCCGGCACAACGUUGUAUCCCAAGUCAUUGAUUGACUCCUUCGCACGCGAUCUGACUUCGAACCUUUUCGGCAAUCCUCAUUCUCGAUCUGCAUCAUCCCAGCUGUCUACACAGCGCAUUGAUGAUAUCCGCCUCAGGGCACUUCGCUUUUUUAAUGCGGAUCCGGAUGAGUUUGAUCUCGUAUUCGUAGCGAAUGCUACAGCUGCCAUCAAGUUAGUGGCAGAUGUGUUCCGAGACUCGUCGCCACAAGGAUUUUGGUAUGGAUACUUUAUAGAUGCGCAUACGAGCUUGGUAGGAGCGCGGGAGAUUGCAGAAAAGGGACAUAGAUGCUUCCUGACCAGUGGUGAGGUCGAGCAGUGGAUAUCGGAGUUGGCCACCGAUCAAAAGAACUUUCCCAAGCUAUUUGCAUACCCUGGGCAGUCCAAUUUGAACGGUUGUCGCUGUCCUAUGCAGUGGUGUAAGAAGAUACGGGAUGAGAGUUCGAGUGCGGCAAAUGUCUAUACCCUGCUUGAUGCUGCAUCGCUCGUUUCCACUUCACCCCUUGACCUGAGUGACGCAUCUGCUGCGCCUGAUUUUACAGCGCUCAGUUUCUACAAGAUUUUCGGAUUUCCCGAUCUCGGUGCCCUGAUAGUGCGCAAAAGUGCGGCAGGCAUCAUUGAGAAACGCAAGUUCUUCGGCGGCGGGACAGUUGAUAUGGUCCUGGCCCAAGGAACACCAUGGCAUGCAAAGAAGUCCACGAUUCACGAGCGCUUAGAGGAUGGUACUUUGCCGUUCCAUAAUAUUAUUGCGCUUGAUUCUGCAUUGUCUGCACAUGAGCGUCUUUUUGGAUCGAUGAGUAAUGUCUCGUCCCACACGCGGUACCUGGCAAAGCGGCUACACAACCGGUUGGCUGCGAUGACCCAUUUCAAUGGGAAGAAAGUUUGCCAUUUGUACAUGUCCCCAGAAUCAGACUUUGACAAUCUCACCCAAGGGCCGAUCAUUGCGUUCAACAUACGGAAUAGCUCUGGUGCGUGGGUUGGAAAGUCUGAAGUUGAGAGGCUCGCGAAUGUCAAGAAGAUACAUAUCCGGUCAGGAUCUCACUGCAACCCGGGAGGAACUGCAACUAGCCUUGGCUGGACUGGGCCUGAAUUGCUCCGGAACUUCUCCGCUGGACUGCGCUGUGGUGAUGAUCACGACGUCAUGGACGGGAGGCCGACUGGCAUCUUAAGAGUCAGUCUCGGUGCGGUCUCUAACCUUAGGGAUAUUGACACAUUCACGAGGUUCAUUGACGAGUUUUACAUCGAAAAGGCACCGGACUUUAUAUCUCUGGUUCCACCGAUGGAAGUUAGCUUGCAAGAGCCUAGCUUCUACGUGGAGAGUCUUUCGGUGUAUCCGAUCAAGAGCUGUGGAGCGUUCAAAGUUCCUGAUGGCCAACGUUGGGAGAUUAAAAGAGAAGGUCUCGCAUGGGAUCGAGAAUGGUGCCUUAUCCAUCAAGGUACUGGCGCCGCUCUCAGUAUGAAGAAAUAUCCCCGCAUGGCGCUGAUACGGCCGGUCAUUGACCUGGAGCGUGGUGUCCUUCGCAUUACCUGUGGGUCGGACCCAAAAGAACUAGAGGUCUCCCUCCGCCGCGAAAUCACUAAUCUAGUCACCACAUCGCUGUGUCAGAGCGCGAAAUCCUCCAACGUCUGCGGUGACCGAGUGGUUGUCCAGGCCUAUUCCUCACAUACCGUAGCUUCUUUCUUCUCUAACUUCCUUGGUGUACCGUGUACACUUGCAAGGUUCCCGCCACAAAUAUCCACUAGGAUUUCAAAUCCCACUCGUUCAUCUAGAAGAAACCAGAGAGCCCUCAUGCCUGGCUCUUUCCCGGAAGAUCCAUCACCGUCGCCUGAACAACCACCGAUACUCCUAUCCAACGAGAGCCCAAUCCUCCUCAUUUCUCGCUCGUCAGUCAAUCGCCUGAACGAAAACAUCAAGUACAGCCCCAGACCUAGCCACAGCACUCCAGCAAGGGCCGUAGAAGCCGAUGUUUUCCGCGCCAAUAUUGUCGUCGCUGAGAAUCUUCACCAGCUAGCCAACGCUGAGCGUCCAUAUAUAGAAGACACCUGGGGGUCAUUCUCUGUUGGACCGGAAGAGUUGUACUUUGAUGUGCUCGGAUCAUGUCAACGGUGUCAGAUGGUAUGCGUUGACCCAUAUACUGGCACCCGUCGAGAGGAGCCUUAUUCGACACUGGCAAAGACGAGGAAGAUCAACAGCAAGAUCGUGUUUGGAAGGCACGCUUCUCUAUCUAAAAUGGAGCUUUCGCAGGAUGCUGGCAAUCCUAAAUCUUGCACUGUUAUGGUAGGUGAUAUUGUGACACCGCAGAUUUCUUAA